UUUCUUUUUUAAGUUCCCCGACUUGUCCCCUAUUUCCUUUCCACUAUUUUACUUUUUUCACCAACAUUUAAUGCUUAUUUUUGCAACACUACAACUAUAUACACUUUUAUUUUUUCGAUUUUUUUGUUCUUCGUUUUACUCACAAUUUUUUCCUACUAUUACAUUGAUUUUUGUAUUUUUUUACAUUUUUAUAGUUUACUAUACACACACAAGUUGUUUUUAAUUUUUGGUUUUGCGAGAACACACAAAUAAAAUAAAUACUCUUUUUUUGACUUCUACUAUUUUCCUCAGUAAAUAGUAAAUUUUAAAAUAAAAAUAGUAUAAAUUUAUAUUUCCCUCCUAUUAAAACCCCCUUAAUUUUGCAAAACCUUUCUCAUUUUUCACUAUUUAUUUAUAUCUUUCAAGAGUGGUGGAACCAUUCUCUAAAAAUAAAUCAGUCAAAAUUCUUUUCCCAAGAAUUGUUUUUUUAUAUUAAAUAUAUCAUUUAUUAUUAUUUUUUAAAAUAAAAUAAUGCUUUUUUGUUUGUAUUUUUUGAAGAUUUUAUUUAAUUUGGCUAAUUUUUAAUCCAAAAAAAAUUUUUCUUUCGUUCCUCUUGUUUUUUAAGUCAUAAAAUAUUUUUUAAAGCUUUAAAGUUAAUGAGGAAUUGCAAUAAUUAUAUGUCUAAUACGAAUCUAAAUCAGAAUCGAGGCAAUAAUAUGGCUAUUAAAAACCAAAAUAAUUGUGCUAGAAAGAAUUUAAAUCAAAAGAAUAGGUCAAAUGGAACGUUGAAAGAUCUAAUCAAUUCUAACAUUGUUUUGAAUGAAAGAAGAAAGGAGGAGGAAUGCGAAAAUUUAUCUUUGAAUCAAGGCAAAAGUAGAGGAAUUAGAGUAGAGGACGUUCUCUGGUGGAUUUGUUUUAUAUUCACAGUUUAUUAUUAUGAUUUACCUGCAACUCUUAUUUUUAGUCGGAAAAUAAAUAGGUUAAUUUUUCAUAUGACUAUAAAGCGUUGGUGGUUUAGUGGUUAAGUGUUAGGUUUUCAGUCAAAUAUUGGUGUGGUUCGAAUCCCGUGUUCGGUUAUCCUUUUGUUCUUUGGGGCACAUUCUUGGAAAAAUUUUUUAAAUUUUAUUUUGGCAUUUCUUGUUUGAGAAAAAUUUUUACAAAUUUUACUCAUUUUUUUAGAUUUUUUCUUCAAAUUAUGGCUUUAUGUGUUUUACUUAUUGUAUUUCUUACCUUUAUAUUUACUCUAUUGAAGAAUUUAAAAAUUUUGACAAGGCAUUGGAUUCUUUUUUCAAUUCAAUUUUUGACUAUUUUCUUCUUCAUUUCAACUCCUUUAAGGUUUUUUUUUGAAUUUUCGGGAAUUUUAUUUUGUGUUUUUUUAAAAGUUUUUGUCUCGCUACUUGGGAUGAAUUUAAUAUUUGGUCAAUUUAUAUUGCCUAUGUGGGAACUCAAUCAACUCUAGCUUUAAUUGCUGUGCUCUGAUUUGUGGGUUUUUUCGAAUUCUUUUCAAUGUCGACUUAAAAAAAGGUUUUUUCUUUUUAUUUUUUUUUUAAUUUUUGGUUGAUUAGUGUGGGAACUUGGGGGCAUCCACAUCUAUUACCUGCAUUUAAAUAGUCAGGACUUCCUAUUUAACUUUUAAUUUUCCCUAUUAUUUUCUGAUUUCGAACUAAAUUUCAUUGAAAACUAAAGAACUCCCCUCCCUAUAAGGCUUACUAUAAAAUCCAAAAGAAAAUAGGGAAAAACGGUUUAAUCGUGAAACGAGUGGGAUUUGCCACUUUCUUCAUCUUUUUGUGUUUAAUCAGUCUAUUCCUCGAGGAACGAUUUUCAUUAGUCUCUGAUCCACAUGUUAAUCCGGGCCAUCUAUUUAAUUUUAAUAUUCUCAAAGCUAUUUUUGUUUUAUACUUUCGCAAAGCUUUAUUUGUUUUUUUUUUAAAUUUUUUAGGUUUAAUUUGAGAGAACUUUUUUUUGUCUUGAUAUUUUCUAUUUUUCAACACGCAAAGACUGUUCAAUUGAAUGAAUGUCUGAAAUUGUGCGUGUGGUCUUUAAAGUCGUUAAAAGUGAUAUUAAAAUUGGAAGAUAUUUUUUUGUAAAAUUUUACACAAUUUUUGAAUAUUUUUUUUUGUUUUAAAAUGAAUAAAAAUAAAAUUAAUUGAAUUGAAUUUCUUACACUUUUUGUUUAACACAUCUAUAUUUUUUAUACCGAUUUUCUUCUCCUUUUUACAUACUUUUAAAGGCUAUCCGGAAUUUAUUUACUUCAGGUAUCCACCCCAUUUUAUCGCGAAACACACCAAUUAUUGCUCCAU